AUGGAUGCCUUUGACUCAAACUCAACUUUUCUGCUCAACCACAGCAAACCGAAUGACUCAGUUAGGCCAUGGACACCUUUUGAUGGAUGUGAAGAGAGACCUGCUGGUAUUUUCUUUGACUUAACUGCUCAGAUUUUCAAUGUCAUCUUGGGUCUGCCAGCCAAUGUAACAGUUCUUUGGCUCAUACUGAGAAAAACAGGAGAAUCCUCCACUUCAGACAUCUUCAUAUUUAACCUUGCAGUCAUGGAUGGCUUCUUUGGCUGCAUGGUCCCUCUUGACAUUGUUAAUGUAUUUCUUCUCAAUAAUAAAGAUGUCUGGUAUGCCCAGAAAUUUGCUUAUGGGGUGAAGGACAUGGGGGGUCCCCUGUUUCUCUCCUGUAUCUGUUUAGACCGGUAUGUAGCUGUGCUGCAUCCCAUCACUUUCACAGGCCUCAAAGAUCACAAAUACAGAGCAGCCUGCUCAGUGGUGGUGCUGGCCAUCACGUUAGCAUACGCCAUCGCCAAGGCCAUUGGGGGGAUUGAGAACUUUGAGAAGAUAUUCACUGUCAGUAUCCUCACUGCCUUUGCCUUCAUGUUAUUCUGUAACAUCUCCAUCCUGUGGGCACUGAAGAGAUCUGGACCAGGGAAAGACGAGAUGCACCCCAUGAAGAAGAAGGCCUUCAAGAUGGUUCUGUCCAUCCUGGCUAUUAUAGUAUUUAAUUAUCUCCCACCUGUAGCUCUUUUCCCUUUCCAGCAAUAUUAUUCUGUCGAUGUGUUUAAGUGCUACAUCCAGCCCUUUGCCUUCUCCUUCGUCAACAUCAGCAGCAGCACUCAGCCCUUACUCUACCUGUCCAGAGUGGAGAACACUAAGCUGUGUUCUUCAACGAGGACCAAGAGUAUGGGAAGUUAA